CUGGACACCCGGGGUGGUGGUGGUGGGGGGGUAUGUGUGAGAGGGAGAGAGGGUGAAUAUAGAGACUAGAAUGAAACCAGCAAGCUGAACCUCCGAUUCCACCCGCGGGCUGUCCCCCUGGCAGUGUCAGCCACUGGAACGGACAAAAGAAGUUGGAGGCUGAUAAGAAAAGAGGGGAAAGAAACAGCACUGGUGGCAUCCUAAUAUAACUUGUGACAGAGGUGAUCGGAGUCUGUCUUCGUCGCAGACUCCCAAGAGCGCUCAAACCCGACUACCUGCUCUAUAAUUAUAUCCAAUGUGGCAGUGUCUAAUUACAGACGCACUGACCACAUCCUGUUGUUAGCCAUCUGUUAGAUCGUAUUACACAUUUGAGACGUCAGAAACUGAGCAAACACCAUCUUAAAUAUGACUGAAAACAAUUUUCCACCGCUCCCAAAGUUCAUUCCGUUGAAACCGUGUUUUUACCAGGAUUUUAAUGAAAUUCCAGAACCACACAAAGUCCUGGCAAAACGCAUUUACUACCUUUGGAUGCUGAACAGCAUCACACUUGCAGUGAAUCUGAUUGGCUGUCUAGCUUGGUUGAUUGGAGGAGGUGGAGCUGUCAACUUUGGACUGGCCUUUCUCUGGCUGAUUUUGUUCACACCAUGCUCUUAUGUUUGCUGGUUUAGACCAAUCUACAAAGCCUUCAAGUCAGAUAGUUCAUUCAAUUUUAUGGCAUUCUUCUUCACGUUCAUGGCCCAGCUGGUAAUCAGCAUUAUUCAAGCAGUGGGAAUCCCUGGCUGGGGAGUCUGUGGCUGGAUAGCUACAAUUUCCUUCUUUGGAACAAAUGCAGGCUCAGCGGUUGUGAUGCUCUUCCCAACUGUGAUGUUCACGGCAGUGGCUGUGCUGUCUUUCGUUGCUCUAACUAAGGUUCACAACUAUUACCGCGGCAGCGGCGGCAGCAUGAGCAAGGCACAAGAGGAAUGGACCACAGGCGCGUGGAAGAACCCACAUGUACAACAGGCAGCCCAGCAGGCUGCUGUCGGCGCAGUGCAAGGGACCAUGCAAAGCCCGCAGUACUCGGACACUCCCAACUACGCUUACAACAACCAGAUGUAAGCCUGCUGCGUUAAUGUACCCUAAAGUUUACAGAGCCUCUCCUGGGUUCAGUUGGGACAUGCAAAAAUCCCCCCCCCCGCCUCAUAUGUAUGAUUCGGACAGCUUACUUUUCUCCAAAAGCGUCUAAUGUUUGUGGUAUACUCUUUAAAACUGAAACCGUGGUGGCUGUAGAACAAUGUGCAAAUACCUUUUUUUAAAAAAUGUGAUGUUAUUGGUAUUGAAAGUGUUUGUGAUGAUGUAGGUCACUUCCAACUGGAGCAAAAAGAUUUAAGAAAAAAUAUCUGUGUGUACGCACACAUGCACAGAAUAAUAUCUGGUACUUUGACCAUAAUAACACUAACCAUAUUGCUAGGAAUAAUCAGGUAUUUUCUGGAUGGGUGCAGAAUUCCCUGCCCUUGUAUUACAUUGCACUCCUACCCAGUAUUGAUUGUUAGUUUUGAUGUAUCCUAGAGCAACAUUGUGAGUACCUGCAAAGCUGUUCUGUGAAAUGCUUAUUGUAUAAUCCAGUUUGUAGAGAUAAUGUAAUGGCACUAAAUAACAAAAGACCCCAGAUAAGUUAAUCAUAACUUGUAACUGUACAGUGAUCAAAUCUGUACCUGUAAGGGAUCAUGAUCAAUGAGUACAUGACGGCCUUUCAGUUUUGAGUUCGCCAUAGAUUACUUCUCUCACACUUUAAAAAAAAAAAUGCUUCUUACCCUUGAACCUAAUUGGGCCCCUUCAAUAAGCACAUACUGAGAUUUCAAAAGAAAAUUCUGGUACUGAUUAUUGUAAAUUCAAGCUAAUGCAGACACUUUAAAUUUCCUUUGUGUGGAAUGGGCAACAUAAUUUGUAACCAUCCUAUCUUGAUAUCUUCAGUAUUCCUGCAGUACUUAGUGAGCUAAGGGCAUGGACAACAAAGAGGAAAACAUAUUUAAUUUGCUUAUUUUCCAGUUUGUUUACUUUCUCUGCAUACUUCUAGAUUGAGGUUUAUUUUGCAGACUUUUUAUUUAAGGGGUAGAUCUGUUUAUUUAAUGCACUUUGUAUGCUGAAAAAGACUGGUCAGUUCUUCAGUAUGUGCCCUCCCCAAGCUCAGUUGCAAACAGUGCUUUUUUUUUUGGUUAAACACUGUCCUGGUUAAACUUCUCUGCUAUUUAAAUUAACCAUAUCUUUGCAAUGCAGUCAUGCUUUGCCUCAUGUGGACUUUGAAGCUGGAACACUAAACUGUGUAAAUAACUUGUCAUAAUGCACAGGAGAUUAAUUUAUUUUAAGUUAGCUGUGUAUUGGUUUUUGUCAUUUAAUUUUUAAACUGUUUUUCUCACUUCAAGGAAUUUUUAUCUUGUUGCACAUCAUAUGUUUGUAGAAAGUGUUUGACCCUUUGAUUCUGAAAGGAAAAACGGACAUAGCAACACACAAACACUACUGAAAUGUCAGGAAUUAUCUAGAUGAUAAUCCUCUCAUGUAAUAUCGUCAGGGCCAAAAGAGUGCCCCUGAAAACUGAUACUAUGAAGUAAAAGAUGACUACAAAACUAAUGCAUGUUAAACAUUGGGCUGCUAGGUUUGGGACUUGAAUAUAUAACUUUAUGCAAUAACUGCAAGGAAAUUUAUUUGCAUCCACAUUGCUAUAUGCUGUACAUUCCUGAUGAGGAAAGAUUCAAUUUGUGACUUCAAUUUAUUUUCUAAAUCUGUCUCAGCAGGUGAAAAUAUAUUUUAUUAUACAUGAUUUAAUUUAAGAUCCACUUUGAAUUUUGUUGACCCGUUACACAAAAGGCAGAAGCAUGGAUAGAUGGGUUAAAGGUCACGAAAUGAACCAAGGUGUGAGAGAGCAAAUGGUAUCUGUGGCACUUGCUCAUAGAAUCAACUGCAGAGACGUGGCCAGUUAAUGUUUUCAAACCAAAUCAGAGAAAAAUAACAUUUUUUUUGUUCUUUAUUAUCUCCUUCUAAAACUCUAUUCCAAAUUGCAGUCUCUGCUCAAAUCUUCAACUUGAUAUGACUGUUGUAUGACACAGUAGGGGAAAGGAAUGAGGGCAAUUUGCUUGGAAUAAUGUUUUGUACUUAGGUUUGUUUCAAGAAAAAUUCUUAUUUGAAAAGAUGCUAAGAUGUUCAGUCUAUAAUGCUCAUAUUUAGAGAGAGGCAUAAAAUGGAUUAAUUUUAUAUAAUGAGAAAUUAGAAGAAAUUAAAUUGAGCUACGUUUGAGCAUAUGAGAUGUACAUAAGACUAUUUAAUCUGUACAUUGAAACCUGUGGUAUUAGUACGGACGUAGUAUAAAUCAUCAUUAUUAGCUACAUCUGGUCUAGCUGUUUUGCUCGUGCUGUUUUGGUUUACACAGAGGCUGUUUUGACCUGCGUCUCUUUCUGGUGAUUGCUGUAGAAGUAGUGCUCUACAUGGUACAAAUAGUGUAUAACCUGUCAACAUGCAUUUCCUUUUAAAAGUGCAUUUACACAAUUAACAUUUCCUGGCUUUUUUUAAUCAUCUUAAUCCCCCAAAAUUUGGUUUUAGAUCAUUUUAUUCUGAAGCUAACGUUUUCGAAGGCAUGCUGGUAUUUGGCAUUCUCGAUGUUGGAUUAUUGUUUGCAGAAGCUAGCACUUAGAAAAUGUUCUAUCUAGAUUUAAGAUGUCAAAUUGUACUUUGAGGAAAUGUUAUGCCAUUUGGCCAAGCAAUUGUAGCACUUGGAGCGUAGCUAUAUUUAAGUAAGUAAUGUUCUCUACAUUGCAAAAUAGCAGUUAAGUGAACACUAAACACUUGCUCACUAAGCAGAAAUCCUUGCAUGUUAGAACUACAAAUUAUGCCCCUUAAAUGUUUCACAGUAAAAUAUCUUUGAGUGGUUUCAUUUUCUUAAGGAUUUGCUGUAAAUAAUUGAAGUGAUUUUUAAAAACCGUUCCUUAUUGUGAAAAGACCUCAAGGUGACUGAUCAUCCUUUUGGAACACUACUCGAACUGCUGCUUGAUUCCAUGCCAGAGUCCUUGUUUAAAAUAGUUGACUGCCCUCUUUAAUGUACCUCCAUUAUUUCAGGUAUUUCAUUCUAUCCUAUGCACAAAACAUUGUGCUAUGUAGUAAUCAAAAAUUAAUGCACUUAUUCUCAUUGUUAUCCCAUUUAAUAUAGGGGGAUUAUUUUGCUACAGAGUCUUAAAGAGUCUCAAAGUCCACGCUUGGAUGAAAUGAUUUGUUGAUUUAUCUAACACCUAGGACCAAUUGACAGUUGCAUUCUGGCACCUCAGUAUCUUGCAAGUGUACAGGAACUAUUGGCUAGCUCAAUAUACUAUAAAACAAAACUGUUAUUUUUGUGUUUUCUCAUCAAAUCAUUGAUUUGCCUAAAGGCAGUUACAAUCAUAAAGUGAACAUUAAUUUGUACUCUUCUAGUUUAAAACAAUUUGUCCAAGGUGAAAGAGAGGCUUUAAUGUAAAUUGCUGAUGGUGGCUAUUUUUCAUGCAAUGCAAUGCAAUGCAAUGGAAGGAAGCCUAGACCCAAGAAUAUUUCCAUUCAGCACUAAGUUAGGUCCCUGAUUGUCAGCACAAUGGGGUCAGAUUUCUCACAAUUAAACUGCAGAUGAGAGACCUAUUUUUGUAUUGCCAGUGGGCAUCAGAAAAUCACCAGUGUGUUAGCUAAAUAUAUUCUUGCCCCAGAACUGAAUGAAUGAAUUAAUCGAGCUAGAAUUUUCUAAUUUGAACAUUAUUGCUGGUUGAUAGCCCGCACUCUGAAGAUUCAGCAAAGCAGUUCUUCCCCUAUGUUGGUACUUUCAUAUGCACAGGAAGAAAAUACAUUGAAAUAAACUGCAUUGCUGUGAUGCAAACUUUCUUUCCUGACACAGCCAUGGCAAAACAAUAUGCUUGUGUUGGCAUUUUAUUGAUCCAGUCCUAAGCAUUAAAACAGGGUGAUUAAUCUGAAAUCUGAAGUUCCUAGCAGUUUGAUAAAGGACAUUUUAUUUUCCUUUAUUAUACAUGUAUAGGAUUAAUGAUUUUUCAAUUUCAAAAGAAAUUGAAUCAUUUGCUUUUUUUAAUUUGACCAGCUGCUGGAUUGUGUUAUUAUUUGCAGAUGACUUACUUGCUUCUCUUUGCCGUAUACUUCCUGCUCAAAUGGGAACUUUCAGGAACUCGACAAUUUUUAAUUUUUGCUUGCAAAUAAUUUGUUACACUUGGAUUUGAAGAAUACAAAUAAAUGAGUUUCAGUCCAGGUGAGGCAUAUUUUCCCUCUAUCAACAGUUCCAACAUAAUGUAUGUUAUACCACGAUUAUUGAGGUUGGUGGAGCUACUUUAGAAGUGUUGCUAUACAGACGAGACUUGUCAUUGUAAAGGCUGUUUUGGAAGGCUCCCAAUUUCGAUUGAUUCUGAUAGCCAGGAUCCAGGUUUGUGUGUUCCUCCUCCCCACUGGUUACCUGCAAAUCAUGGCAUGCUGGUAAUUACUUGUCAAAUUUUGGGUAUCACUAAAGACUCAAAUUUGAGCAAGUGAAAUCUAAAUCUGGGUUAACCCAGGCAGAGGGUUAAGAUAAAGUAAGUAAAUUUAAGAAAUCAUGACACAAUGAAAAAUGUAGAUGCUGUUUCUUUCUUUAAAAAACUUGGAGCUGCCAUAUCUAGAUUUCCAGUGAAUAACGUUGGCCAUUCAUCUGUACAAUUUUCACCAUCCAAAAAUACUUGAAUAUUUGUAAAUAUAUUUUAAAAGUAGCAAGAUGGUAAUUAUGCUUUAUUAAGACUUUGCUGUGUACUGAGGUUAUAUAGAAAUUGUAUCUGUAUUGGUGACUUUUGGAAUUUAAUUUGGUGAUAUAGUGAAGGCAUUAGGAUUAAUUCAGUAUUAAUGUUUAAUGAAUUAUAAUUUGCAUCAGAUUGGUGUAAUAUUGCUGAGUGAACAUAUUAUAUUUGAGUCAUAAGAUUAUGCAAAACAUGGAUACAUGUUUCCCCCUAUUAACUUGGAACUGCUGUUCGAUCAGUUGGAGGUUCAUUAUUUAACUCCUAAAUUACUGUCAUUCUAACUGCACAGUGCAAUUUGUUAACUCUCUAUAACUUAAAAGGGCAUUUCUACAAAAACCGCUGAAGAAUUGUUACUGUAUGUGUUAUUUAAUAGCUACUCUGCUAAUACAAAUGCUACAUAGAAAGCGUUGUCUGCAUUAUUUUAUCACUUUUUACAGUACAGUAAUUCUUCAAAAUUGUCUUUUUCCUAUUGAGAAAUGAUAUCAUUGUCAUUCCAAUACGUCAAUGUGUCAGUAUCAUUCUGGACAAAUAAAUGAUAAAACCCA